CCAACCCCCUUUCGAAGGACAACGUAGGAUAAGAUGGCUAAGCGAACGGUCAAGGCCGGUAUCACCGGAAAGUACGGCGUCCGAUACGGUUCGUCGCUCCGUCGUCAGAUCAAGAAGAUCGAGAUCUCGCAGCACAGCCGAUACACCUGCACCUUCUGCGGCAAGGACAGCGUCAAGCGCAAGGCUGUCGGCAUCUGGGAGUGCAGGAGCUGCAACAAGGUCAUUGCUGGUGGUGCCUGGACCGUUUCGACGACUGCCGCGGCGACUGUUCGCAGCACCAUCCGUCGUCUUCGUGAGAUGACCGAGGCUUAAGGUCUUCGUCAUUGUCAAAAGGAAACGAAAAAAGCAGGGCUUGCGUCAAGCAGCUCCGCAUCCCACAUCCACACACUCAUACACAUUGUUCCUAUGGCACCCGUCCCACAUACGAUCUGGCAUAUGAUCUUGUAGCACCAUAACCAUUGGGGGAAGAGACGACCGAAGAGUGAGCACGGAGGGAAGAUUACAAGGAGAUUAUGAGAGAUGGAGAGUGGAGAUGAAGGAAGAUGAAAGAAACAGAAGAAAGAC